AUGAACGGAGGGCAGCAAGGCAGAGGCCAGAGGGCACCGGCCACCAGGACCAGGGCGUCACCGUCCAUCACGCCUCACCGCGUCGGCGUCGGCGUCAACUGUCAGGGUGGCGGCGCCCUUCCGUUUCUUCAAGGUCUAUCAAUUCUAGAAAAACUUGCUGCACCUUUGGCUCCUUUAAUUGUUGGGCGCACUGGUCCUCAACUGUUUCUCACUGAUGGUGAUCCUAGCAAGCCACCUCUCCUGUUACAAAUGGCAUCUGAUUGUGAUGACAAAAAGUACAUGUUAGCUUUAGCAGCUUUUAAGAACCGUGUCCUGUAUGCUAACGUUUCAUAUGACCACAUGGUCGGCUGGCGAACAUCUUCAUUAAGGAGAGAAAAGGAUCUUGUAAAGCCCUCACAUCGUUCACUGGAUGGCUAUAAGCACAUUGUGAAUGUUGAAUACUGUUCGCCUGUAUCAUCAGAGGGCCCCCAUUUCCCUUCCAAGGCUGCCAGAGCUAAAGAAGCUGCACAGAGAACGCCAAACAGAGAAAAUACCAAGGAGUACCACCAAAUGAUGGAGGAGGAGAUGAUCCAUGGCUUGCAGAAGGUUGGUUGGAAGAAGGUGGACGUCAACUUCCAUUCAUCAUUCUGGCCUUACUCUGCUCACAACAACAUACAUGUCAAGAACGAGUGGCUUCACAAUGCUGGUGCUGGUGUUAUCGCGCACGUUGCUGACAGCAUCAAGCAGCAGGAGUCACGGCCAUGUCUUCCUGCCAAUCUAUAG